AUGUUAACGGUUUUCGAUACAAAGAGUGUAUCAUUUAUUGGUAUUUAUUACUUCGAUUUUUAUGGUGGCUCUCGUUUGUGGAAUGUCUUGAAAGGAAAUUCCACUAGCGACAUUAUAACAUCCGAAAAUGCAUUGGAUAAGCUUAAUUUAUUGCUUCCAUCUAUCUCAACAAUUAAGAGCUAUCUUCCCGACUUGUCUUUUGGAAAACUUGCUGACAAUGAUUUGAAAAAUGUUGUUAAAGCCAUGGCAAUGAAUAAUAUUAGUAACAAGAUCAUAAUUUCAUAUGAUGAAAUAGAAAUUAGAGGAGGGUUAUGUGUGAUGAAAAGCACUGGAAAAGUGACCAAAAAUUACAGAAUAUUGUUUUGUGGAUGUUUUGGCUGGAGUUGUUUUGUAUGGCUUAGUUAA